AUGAGCGAUCCCGGUGAUGGCCAGGGCACGAGCUCAUCUUCGGACGAAGAUGAGCUUCUAUUUGCUGCUAGUGCUGCGCUAUUAUUUGGAUCACAUGCAGAACUAUACGGAGGUCCAAUCCAAAAGUUGUGCUCGCUCUUGGCCGAAUGUGGAUUUGUUCCCCAACAUCAUCAGAAACGGGUUACAAUAGAGGAGGCACUUGCGAUGACAUUGGUCAUGAUGAGCCACAAUAUGAGAAUGCGUAUGAUUGCUAACCGAUUUAACCAUUCCACUGAAACGGACCGCGUUGGGGCUAUUGAUGGGACUCAUAUACCUGCUUGUGUCCCAAGACGACAGCAAGUGGCAUUCACAAAUAGGCAUGGUGUACAAUCGCAAAAUGUUCUGGCUGUAUGCGACAAUGAUAUGCGAUUUAUAUAUGUGUAUGCCAGAUGGGAGGGAAGUGCACAUGAUGCCCGAGUCUUGGAUGGGGCUUUGACGGGCCCAAAUCACUUUCCUGUGCCACCUACAGGAAAAUAUUAUUUAGUUGACUCCGCGUAUCGAAACUUGCCCGGUUUCUUACCACCGUAUAGGGGACGCCAAGCGGAUGUUAGAGGUCGCAGGAGAGGGAGAUUUGCAACAGCGAAAGAACUUUUUAAUUACCGACACUCUGCACUACGGAAUGUCAUAGAGCGAAGUUUUGGUGUCUUUAAAAGGAGAUUUGCCAUUUUACGGGGAGCUGUUCCAAACUACAUGAUGGCAACACAGAUAAAUGUAGUUAUUGCCUGUUGUGCCGUGCAUAACUUCAUUAGGGAUCAACAACCGAAUGAUAUGUACUUUGCUAACCCAGACGAGGGAGAUCCAAUAAGUCAAGGUGCAAUUCCUCCAUAUCCCGAGAUACAGCCAUUGCAUUCUCCUCCUGAAGUUGUUGAACAAUGGACUGCCAUGAGAGAUAUAAUGGCGACAUAUAUGUUCAAUGCCUAUAGAAAUACGCGACACCGUGCAUGA